CUUAGAAUACAAAGGGACUGAUCAAACCAAACAAGCAUAGCUUCCUUAGCAAACUACAACCUAUUCCUUUCAACAUAUAACACAAACCUUAUCAAUCAUUCAACAUGCAUUCCUCACUUCUUCAUGACCUAGUUGUUGGAACUCCAAUCAUAUAUGAUCAGUUUCAAAAGUCAGUUAACAGAUACUUACUUGAUUCUUCGUCUCAUCAAUGUCAAUAUCCACCCAAACAUCAAAGUAGAGAAAAUUCAAUCCAGAAAAUGCGCUGCAGGAAGGCCGAUAGUCUCUCACAAAGAAUCCAAGAACAUGUGAGACUGGGAGCAAACAUAUCUCAAACACUAAAGAGGAAGUUGAGCUUAGGGGCUCAAAUUCUUCAAGUGGGUGGAGUAGAGAAAGUGUUUAUGCAGUAUUUUAGUGUGAGCGAGGAGGAGACGCUGUUGAGAGUUUCUCACUGUUAUUUGUCCACCACAUCUGGUCCUCUAGCCGGUCUCCUCUACAUCUCCACUGAAAAGGUUGCCUUUUGCAGUGAGAGAUCAAUAAAAGUCUUUAAUCAGAAAGGUCAUAUGUGUAGAAUCCGCUAUAAGGUUACCAUUCCACUGAAGAAGAUCAAGUGUGUGAAUCAAAGUCAAAAUAUAGAGAAGCCAACACAGAAGUACAUAAAUAUAGUUACAGUGGACGAUUUUGAUUUCUGGCUUAUGGGUGUAUCAAAAUAUCAGAAAACUUUCAAAUAUCUCGAGGAGGCAAUUUCUCAAGCUUAGAUAAAUAUAACAAGUCCACUAUUAGAGCAUAAUAUAUAAUGUACGUCGAGGCAUGAAGGAAGCUUCAUGUUGACAGAAUGAUAAACAUUAAGAUACAACUUACAAGAGAUGAUAAACAACAAGCUAUGUAAAGACAGAUGUAAUUAAAUAUAAGCUUUGAAUAGAGGGACUUCGCGGACAAAACAUCUCGUAGAAGUUUUGGCUUUUCACUCAAGAUUGACCAUUGAAAUAACAGCUGGACAUGGUUUCAUUCAUAUGAGCUCGGAUGCAAACUUAUCUAUCAACAUAUUGUUGAUAAAGUUGUCGAUGCAAGAGAUCAUUUGGCGUGUGCUUUGUAACAAACCCGAAGCAGUGACUGUUAAUGAUAGGGUAUUUGGGACCAUAUUAGCAGAAGGUAUCCAUUUAUCCACAGAGAGACCUAUGUUAAGUUCGACGAAGAGAGAUUUAUUAAUUGUUAUGGUAGAAAACAAGAUGGAAGGAAAUGUAAAUAGAAAGAACUAAGAAAAAUGUUAGAAGUUUAGUUUCAGGCUCAACUACUUUCAAAUUAUUUGUACUCAGACCAGUCAAAUCUUUAAGAAAAUUUAUUUAUAAAUUAUUUUAACUAGCAAGACUUAAAUUGGUUAAUGUGAUCCU